AUGGAAAACAAAACAAGUGCAAGAGAGUUUGUUCUCUUGGGACUUACAAGUGACCCACACCUUCAAAGCUUCCUCUGCUUUGUGUUUUCUGUUAUUUAUUUCAUCACUUUGUUUGGAAAUAUGGUGAUCAUGAUUGUGAUACGUACUGAUGCCCACCUUCACUCUCCUAUGUACUUCUUCCUUUUUCACUUAGCCCUCGCAGACAUCUGUUAUGCCACCACUGUUGUUCCUUAUAUGCUGGUGAAUUUCCUAUUGAAGCAGAAAACCAUUGAAUUCAGUGCCUGUAUUAUCCAGAUGUCCCUAAUACUUCUCUCAGCUGGUAGUGAAAUUUUCAUGCUCUCAGCAAUGGCAUAUGACCGAUACGUUGCCAUCUGUAAACCACUGCACUACCAAGAGGUUAUGAACAAACUUGUCUGUAGCCAGCUGGUGGGGGGUGCAUGGGCCAUGGGGGUCUUACACUCCAUUGUAAACACACUGCCAAUGCUAAAUGUGCAGUUCUGCGAGUACACAGAAAUCAAGCAUUUCAGCUAUCAACUGUCUUCCAUCCAAUACAGCAUUUUAACCCCCAUGCUAAAUCCCAUCAUCUACAGCCUGAAAAAUAAUGAUGUGAAAACUGCUUUGGGCAGAAUAAUUGACAUGAUUGGGGUGGCUGCCUGCAAACAGGCAUACUCCAAAAUGCCAAACAGCAUCAGCAGGGAGCAGUACGUGAAGCCAAGACUGCUGAAGAUGCACAAGCUAUGGGUCAUGUCGCUGACUGUAGCUGCAGUCUCAUUUGUCUCCGUGUGCUUUCUGGUGUUGAAUGACAGGGUGAAUGAGGUCUGGAGCCUGAGACAUGUGAAGUUAAUGCAGAACUGCUGCUGGAAGUUCAACGCUACUGCCUUGGCCCAGUACAGGGCAGAGUUAGGGCUCUGCUGCAAUGCCUCAGCCUGGCUGGCUGUGACGCAAGACAACACACCAUUGGGAUCUGAGAUUGUCUAUGAUGGGUAUCGCUCAAAGAGCUUGAAAGUCAGCAGUGGCUUGCUGGAGAUCCUGCCAGAGAAAUCCCCCUUUCAGGACCCUGUCUACAAAACCUGUGCCGUAGUGGGAAAUGGAGGAAUCCUCAGGAACAGUAGCUGUGGCUCUAAAAUUGAUGGGCACCAGUUUGUAAUCAGGUUUCAUGGUCUGAAUGGUCAGCGCCUGCCAUUUGUGAAGGCAGCAGCUUCCUAUGGAAAGACUUGGUUCCUCAUCCCAGCUUUCUCCUACCCUGGCAAUAGUUUUAUGCUAGUGAAUGCUGCUCUGGAGUUGUGCCAACACAUUACACUCUAUGGCUUCUGGCCCUUCUCUUUGCACCCUGAUGGCCAUUCCCUGCCCCAUCAUUACUAUGACAAUGUGCUUCCCAAACGUGGGAUACACACCAUGCCCAAAGAGUUCACUUACUAUGUGGAUCUGCACUUCCACGGUGUGCUACGGCUGCAUCUGGGGCAGUGCUAA